UUUUCAGGGAGAAGCUAUGUCUGCUACUUGCGACUUCAUGGCGUCUGUUUCCGGUUUAACUCUCAGCUACUUCAAAGAUACUGGAUGGUAUAAUGUAGAUAUUUCUAUGGCUAAACCAUGGGAUUGGGGUCGUGGUCAAGGAUGUGAUUUUAUUUUCAAAAGUUGUGGUGAAUUCAUUAAAAGUCAACGGACGUCAUCACCUUGGUGUGAUGAACUAAAUGAUGCAAAUUUUGUUCACUGCAUUCCCCAUAUGAAUGCAUACGGAAUAUGCAAUUUAAAGGAUCUCAGUUUACCUCUAAACCCAGAACAUAUACACUUCGAUAGCCUGCCCAAUAUAGUGCCUUCGGAACUAAGUAGGUUUGGAGGAUCUGACACUUAUGCUGAUCACUGUCCAUAUUUGUCUAUUAUAACCGAUGUUCAUGUGAAAUCACUGAAUUCUCACUGUGGAGAUACUAAUAAUGAGAAGUACCAAUACCCGAGCAUUUAUAGUCCAUCUUAUGGAAAGAAGUCACGAUGUUUCAAUUAUGGAACAAAGUAUGUGGAUGGAAAUGGCGAUCGGGCAUUCGCGGGUUGUUUUAAAGUGAAGUGUAGUCUUGAAUUCAAACAUCUAGUUUACUUCCGUGGUAAGUGGCGUAAAUGUCCAAGAGACGGUGGUAUUAUGAAAAUAGCUGAAGAUAGAACUAGACAUGAUUGGAUCCAAUGUCCACGUUUUCAUGAUGUAUGCUCUGUUGAAAAAAUACGAGAAAGAAACGAAAGGAGAGAGAAAGAACAAAAUCUUAUUGCACAAUCGUAAUGAAAUAAGACGCGUUUUGUCAUUAACGAAUCACACUAGUUUUAUAUUGUAGUGAAAUUUAUCUCAUGAUCUUAACCAUUGAAAUUACUAUAAUAUCCACAAUACUCAACUGAUAUUAAUUUAUUGUUUAAAAAUCCCCAUAGUAUUUGAACG